AUGGAGUUAAAGUUUGACCAUCGACGAACGAUGCGGGGCAUUCGCAAAUGCACCCAGUGCGGAACAUUUAAUGGGAACCGGGCUAUAAAGUGUAAAAAUCAACUUUGCCAAAGAACACUGAAUAAAAUUCCUCAACCCGCAAAACGCGACUCGUUACCUGAUCUGAUGGUCGUAAAACUGCUCCAAACGGGUUAUACGAAUGGUCAAGUGUACAGUGUUCGCGAUGGUCAUAGUGAUGGUUUGCGGAACAUCAUCCGGACGAAUAUCAGCGCCGAUGGCACACUUGGGGCCCUUACGAUCAUCCAAGGCAACGAUAUAUCUGAUACAGGGAAUGUGACACAAAUUAUUUCGUCAUGUAAAUCCAUGAAUACAGCCGAAGCAUUACCAUUUGCGAAGGAAACAAUCAGUGCGCUCGCCAUUUCGGAAGAGGAAAAACUUUCCUUGUGGGAAAGACGUUGCCAUGCGGGAGGUCCAUUGGUGCAGCGUGUAUCGAGCGAUUUGUUCGUCGUUGGUCACUGGCCUUCAGCGUACGGACUGUGCCAUGUGGUGGCAUUGAAAAAGAAUCAAAAAUAUUCCCAUUUUCAUUGCGAUAGUCAAAAUUGUGAGCAAACUGAAUCGUCUCGAACCGUAUGCUGGCAUAUGCAAGCAGUAGCAGCAGGUUUGCUAAGCGCCCCAGACAAAGGUGAUGACCUAUGGGCAGAUCUAUUGCAACAAUUCGUAUGUCAGAAAACAACUACGGUGCUAGAUGGUGUUCCUGAUGAGAAUGCGGUACUUUCGUACGAAUAUUUUCUAGCGGCAGAUGAUGCUGGCUUCAUAUCAGUGCCUAGCGAACACAUUGAAAUUCAGUCGAUGCUGAAUUCGACGUAUAUGGAACUUUUGAACAAUGGAGAAAGCAGUAAUAUGGACACGGAUGAAACGACAAAUCAUUUGCUGCCUACCACCAGCAUUCCGGACAUAUUCCCCGGUGGCGAAGAAAGUCUCCAUCUAAUGGACUGCCAGAUCGAACUGAUGGAUGAACUCGAUCCAACGGAUCGUAUCGAUUUCUGUCCAUCUUUCAUCGAGUGUGAGGAUAGUCUGCCAGCGCAGGAAACCGAAGAUAAUUCGCAGGCAGAGGACUUAGUGCGAAUCACGACCAAAAAAGGUGCCCUUAAACGAUCUGGAAAAGUUACUCAUGAGCUUACUCGAGGAAGUUAUAGCGUCCGCAAGCUAAUGAAUGUGCUCGAAUCAAAUGGAAUAAUCUUUAAUCGGCUGCAACACGUGAGCGGUCCAAAGAAUGUUGCCAAAAGUUCACCCACGCCAGCUUACGAGGCAACUCAGUGUAGCUUAUCGUUCACGUGCUGGCUGGAGUCGGUAAUCGAGCAACUGAACUCCGUCAUCGAUUACAACACGGAUGGUAAACCGGCCGUACAAACGUUUCGCAUACAGGAAGAUUUUUUCCGCUGUUUGCGGGCACGCUUCUCCAUUGGCCACCGUUUGCGACAACCGGAACGGGCAGAUCGAUCCACAGACACAGAAAGCGAUCGGUCACAGAGGUAUAAAUUUACACACCACAAAAGCCUUCUGCAUGUGUUUCGAACGGAUAAGAUUGCGCUUUGCUUCGAAAAAAAGUUCAAACGGGGAGCGGAUGAUCGUUACGUUCCGUUGGAGGAUGACGAAAGCGAACCCGCUUCGGAGCAGGAAAGUCGACCCAUUCGACCGCAUUCAUACACCACGUACAUUAAGCUGGGACGCUACAGGCACGAACCGGACCCGGAACGGGUGUAUUACUUUUUGCUCGAAUGGAUUGACGGUGUAUUGCCGCGCAGUGGCUUUGGUGAACUUCGGAUAUCGUUCCAAUACGGGCAUCGGAUGAACAAACAGUACUUGACACCACCGGGUAGGUUGCUGCACACAGAGUAA